AUGGCCUACACCAACGGAUUCGAACAGUCAAUACCUCACCAGCAGGAAAAGAACCUGCCCGGCGGCGGCAAUUGGGUUGUGCAAAAGUUUGGCGGCACCAGUGUCGGCAAGUCGCACGCUCUCGCUGAGAUCCAGUCCGGUACUGACUCUGUCUCUAGUGCCAGCCUCAAGGAACACCGUACUGCUAUCGUGUGCUCUGCACGUAGCACUUACACCAAGAGCGAGGGCACCACCAACCGCCUUCUGCGCGCCGCUCGCGAGGCCGAACGCAUUGGCUCCCGCAAAUAUGUUGACAUUGUCGAUGUCAUCCGCGCCGACCAUAUAGCCGUCGCAAAGGACACCAUUUCCUCGGCCGACAUUCUGGAAAGAUACUCGGACUGCGUCAAUGCCGAAUGUGACAACCUGGUCAAGAUCCUCGAGUCUGCCCAGCACUUGACCGAGGUCAGCAAGCGUACAGAGGACAAGAUUGUCGCCAAGGGCGAGAAGUUGUCUUGUCUAUACAUGACAGCAGUCCUGCAGGACCGUGGAUGCAAUGCUCAGUACGUUGACCUGAGCAAUGUCAUCGAUUUCCCCGUCGGCGAGCGCAUCGACGACAGCUUCUACCGCAACCUGGCUGCAUCACUUGCAAAGGCUGUGCACGCCUGCGGCGAUGCCGUUCCCGUCAUUACCGGCUACUUUGGCGACGUCCCUGGUGGUCUUCUUACUCAGAUCGGGCGCGGAUACACUGACCUUUGCGCCGCUCUCGUCGCGGUCGGCAUUGGCGCCUCGGAGCUGCAGAUCUGGAAAGAGGUUGACGGCAUCUUCACCGCAGACCCUCGCAAGGUGCCCACCGCUCGCCUGUUGCCAUCGGUCACUCCUUCCGAGGCGGCUGAAUUGACCUUCUAUGGAUCCGAAGUCAUUCACCCCUUCACCAUGGAUCAGGUCAUCAAAGCCAGCAUCCCUAUUCGCAUCAAGAACGUCAAGAACCCCCGUAACCAGGGAACCAUCAUCUGGCCUGACCAUGCCGACGACCUUGGGGAGAAGAAGCCUUCUCUCUUCCGUAACCGCAGUCUGGUCAGUCUCAGCACCCACGAAGGACCCAAGCGCCCCACCGCUGUCACCAUCAAGCGCGGUAUCACCGUGCUCAAUGUGCACUCCAAGAAGCGUACGCGUGCUCACGGCUUCUUGAUGUCCAUCUUUUCUGUUCUCGACAAAUGGCAUCUGUCCGUCGACCUCAUCUCCUCUUCUGAAGUUCAUGUAUCUAUGGCUCUGCACUCUGAGGUCGCCCUCCUGUCUGGUGCCGGCCCUGAUUCUGAAGAGAUUCAGAUCGAGUCUGCUGCUCUCAAGGGCGCUGUUGACGACCUCAGUGUUUGGGGUGAUAUCGACCUUGUCCCUGGUCUGGCCGUCAUUAGUCUUGUCGGUCGCCAGCUGCGCAGCAUGGUCGGCAUCAGUGGUCGCUUCUUCAGUGUUCUCGGUGAGAACGGCAUCAACAUUGAGAUGAUCUCGCAGGGUGCUAGCGAAAUCAACAUUUCUUGUGUCAUCGAAGAGGCUGAGGCCAAUAGAGCUCUCAACGUGGUUCACACCAAUCUCUUUACGUUUCUUGAUUAG